GGCGGCCGUGUCCCGGCGUGCCGUGACGGUGCAGAUCAAAGACAAAGCCAAGAUAGAUGACACAUAUUUCAACGGCUGCAGCCUGUCAGAUGGAAGAGCUCGCGACAGAAGUGGAAGGAUCAUGAUGGAUGAGGACUUGGAGAGGAUUGUUUUUGUGGCUAACCUGGGCAUGAUUCCUGCCCUGGAAAGUGUCUCCAUCUUCAUCAGCACCUCCUCUGAGCUGCAGACGCUGCCCAGCGGGGCCGUGAGGGUCCUUCUCCCAGCUGUGUGUGUCCCCAGGGUCCCCCAGGCCAGCCUGGAGAACGCCAGCAGCCUUUCCAGCCACCAGCUCCGAACGGACAAGCACUACUGUGGAUCGGAGAGCCCAGACCAAGGGAGCAGGUUCUGCCUGGCUCAGCUGCUGGAGAGUGAAGCCACCAACCCCUUCGAGUAUGAUUUCAGCUUCCACCUGGAGAUCCGGGGACCGUGCUUGCUGGCAGGUGUUGAGAGCCCUACGCAUGAGAUCCGAGCAGACGCCGACCCCUCUGCUCGCUCCGCCAAGAGCAUCGUGAUCACACUGGCCAAUAAACACACCUUCGACAGACCCGUGGAGAUCUUGAUCCAUCCAAGUGAGCCCCACAUGCCUCACAUCUUAAUGGAAGAAGGUGAUAUGACACCUGCAGAGUAUGAACGACACCUGAAGGGGAAGAACGAUUUCAUUAAAGGCACUAAGAAAGACCCCAGUGCUGAGAAAAAGACAGAAAUCAUCAGGAAGCGGCUGAACAAGGACAUCCCCCACCACCCCGUCAUCAUGCUCAACUUCUGCCCUGACUUGAGGACCCUCCAGCCAGACCUCCAGAAAGCCCAAGGAGAGUUUAUCUUCCUCGUAGACCGCAGCAGAAGCAUGAGCGGCAUGAACAUCAACCGCGUCAAGGAUGCUCUGUUGGUCAUUGUCAAGAGCCUGAUGCCAGCAUGUCUCUUCAACAUCAUUGGGUUUGGAUCCACUUUCAAGACCCUCUUUCCUGCCAGUCAGACUUACUGCGAGGAGAGCUUGGCCAUCGCCUGCGAGAGCAUCAAGAGGAUCCGGGCCGAUAUGGGUGGCACCAACAUCUUAUCACCUUUGAAGUGGGUCAUUCGGCAGCCCAUCCACAGGGGCCAUCCCCGUCUGCUCUUUCUGCUGACGGAUGGGGCCAUCAGCAACACGGGGAAGGUCCUGGAGCUGCUGCGAAACCACUCCUGCUCCACCAGGUGCUACAGCUUCGGCAUUGGGCCAAACGCCUGCAGGAGACUGGUUCGGGGGCUGGCUGCCGUGUCCAGGGGCAUCGCUGAGUUCCUGGCAGAGGGCGAGAGGCUGCAGCCCAAGAUGAUCAAGUCACUGAAGAAGGCGAUGGCGCCGGUCCUGAGUGACAUAUCUGUGGAGUGGGUCUUUCCUGAGUGCACCGAGGUCUUGGUUUCCCCUGUCAGCACCAGUUGCCUCUUCCCUGGUGACCACCUGGUUGGCUACGGCAUCGUCUGCGACACCUCCCUGUACAUCUCCAACCCCAGAUCUGACAAGAGGCGACGUUACAGCAUGAUGCGAUCCCAGGAGUCGGGCAGCUCUGUUUUCUUUCACUCCCAGGAGGAGGGAGCAGGCGUGGAGGGCUGGAACCACUCCAGAGACUCAGAGGGCUGCUGCCCUGCCGAGCGUGCCCCCGAUCACCUGGUGGUGGGCAGAGAUCCCGGGGGAGAAUCGGACACGGACACCGGAAUAGAUGUGAAGGCUUCCUCCAGGAGACGGGCGUACAGUACCACCCAAAUCGCUGACCAUGAGCCUUGCAAGAAGGUGCCAACGGCCAGCGAUCCCGGCACUGCCCUGGCGAAAAACCCCCUUCGGAAAACCCACCUGCAGGACCUGCAGCAGGUCAGCCCCGAGCCCUGGCAGGUGGAUUUCCAGCCCUUCACAGCCAGCUCGCUUGUUUCUGCCACAAGGAUCCGCGGCGCGGGUGCCCGGAGGCCAUCCCUGCUUCACCGGAGCUGCAUGUCCUUCUGCCAUGACGCCAACUCCCCAUUGGUGCCGGACGGGCUGCAACAAGUGGCUCCAGGAAGGGGCUUGGGACCACUUGAUGCCAGCGCGAACCUGCGGUCUUCAUCGGAUAGCCGAAGCCCUGGGGAUCUGGAGUCUGCCCAGCAUCCUUCUUUCACGUUUGAAACGGAGACCUCCUCUGACUGGGAGCCCCAGGACUUCGACUUCAGCGCUGCCCACGGCUCCCCACACUCCCCCAGGACCUUCUGCAAGGCGGUGGUGAAGGGGCUAAGAAGCAAUGAGCCCGUGCAGUGGGAAGUCGCCUUUGAUAUCCGCCCUCUCUUCCAAGAGCGGGAGAGCCAGACGGACAGCGACGCAGACCUGUGGAGCGAGACCUUCCACCACCUGGCAGCCAAGUCGGUGAUCCGGGACUUUGAGCAGCUUGCUGAGAAGGAGUGUGAAAUCGAGCACGGGUCUGGGCGGCGGUACCAGGUCAACGCUGUCCACACCAGCAAGGCCUGCAACAUCAUCAGCAAGUACACGGCGUUCAUGCCGGUGGACCUGAGCACCAACGCCUACCUGCCCACUGUCAUCGAGUACACCCACACAGCAUCCAAGCAAGACCGCCAGAGGAGCCUGAGCUCGGGAAACAGAAGGCAUCGUGGCUUUUCCCCUGGUCGUCCCCAGUCAGCUUGUGGUCAGAAUGGAGACGAUGGAUUUUACGGCAUGAAUGCAGAGGAGAGCAGCCUGUCGCCCUGCAGCACCCCUUCCUCCUCGGGCUGGGAGCGCUGCGGUCUCCCCGAAGGGCCGUUACAGAGUCUGUCUGCUUCCUCUGCACAAGCCCAAAAAUCCAUCGAGAGCCUCUUUGCUGCAAGGCUGACCUUCAAUAAAACCCGGCUGCUGACUCGAGCCGCCAAAGGGUUCAUGAGUAAAUCUCCAAGCAGAGCGAGCGAAGCCAGCUCUGAGAGUGACAAUGAGAACAUAGACUACCUUCCCUUGGUGUCUCUGCAGCUGGCCUGUGGUGCCUUUCUCAUGAACUCGGCCUUCUGCGAUGCUGUCAACAUCCCCAUGGAGAAGCUGAAGUGGACAUCUCCUUUUGCCUGCCAUCGCCUGGCCCUCAGCCCCUCCAGCUCCUACAGCACCAAGAAGGCCAGUCCCUCCGGGGACCAGAAAAGCCUCGGCUCCAGCCGGCAGCUCCUCGUUCCUGAUGGCAUGCAUGGGAAGAGUCCCACCAACAGAGACGUUGCUCUGUGCCCAGUGCCGGAGGGACCUGGCAGCCAUGGGGAAGAGGCUGGCCGCCUUCGCCACUUCUCAGGCAGCGCCGUGGAAAGCAUCUCCAAAGCCCUGAAAGCUGAGAAAGAGCGCUCCCCGCCAGCUAUCACCAUCCGCCACUUCUCCUCCCCAGAGAGCACACCAGCCUCGGCUGAGUGGCAAGCCGACAGUGGCCGGGGCUCAGAGACGGACAGCUCAGAGGUCCAGGCGUUGCUCUUUGACAUCGAGUUGCAGCAGCAGACGGAGCCAGAGGGGAUGCUGUGGGCCACAGCAGUGGCCCUGGCCUGGCUGGAGCACAGCUCGGCUUCCUACUUCAUCGAGUGGGAGCUGGUGGCUGCCAAGGCCAGCCUGUGGCUGAGUGAACAGAACUUCCCGGAGGGAUACAGCCUGGCCACAGUGAAAGCUGCAGCCCAGCAGCUCUUUGUCCUGCUCCGGCACUGGGAUGAAAACCUGGAGUUCAACCUGCUGUGCUACAACCCAAGCAGCGUGUAAAGAGGAGGAGGAGAGAGGCUCAGGCAGCUUCCCAAGGGCGCAGGAGCAGGGACACGUCCUCAAGGAAACUCCUCCAAGGAGCUCAAUUCCUCUGCUGCAGGGACCGUGCGUGUUUAUUAGAGCAAGCCCUGCAAACUGAAACAGCC